AUGUCAGGCCAUAUCCGUAAUGUUAUUCCCAUGCUUAUUUUUUGGUUCAUUUGGCUGGCUAGAAAUGAUUCCCGUUUUAAUAACAUUCGGAUGAAUCAUCUUGCUAUUAUUAAUCGUAUUAAGGAGAAAGUCUUUGCUCUUUUUUCAGCUAACCUUAUUACUUAUAAGAAUUUUUCUAAUGUCUUCUCUACUGCUGAAGAGUUUGGUAUUUAUAAUUUGGGUUCCUUGCAUUCUUCGGGUUCCAGGUGGUCUAACUGGGCUGCUCCUAAUCCCCUAUGUUUUAAGAUUAAUAUUCAUUUGGAUUUAUAUGGUGACAAGUGGUGUAUUGGUGGCGUUAUCAGGGAUUCGGUUGGGAAUUAUAUUGCUGGUUUUGCUGGGGAUUCUAAGGCUCUUGAUGAGCUGAGAGGGUUCUUGGUUGCUGUCAAUCAUGGGCUUUCUGUUUGCAUUAAUUUGGAUUUGUAUAACGUGAUGGUGGAAAGCAAUUUUCUUGUUGACCCUACCAUGUUUUUAGUUCAUGAUGGUACCAGCUGUGGGCAUCCGAGUUUUUACCUGCGUAGACAUAAUAUGGGUUUGAGGGAGGUCUUGAAUUGCUCUUUUAACGUUAUCAAUGUGGAGGUUAACUCUGUUGCCAGAGCGUUAUCGCUCUUUGGUAGCAGUUUUAAUGCUGUUGUUGAUCUCAACUUUGAUCUUUUACCUGCGAAUAUUCAAGGCCUUUUUUUUCUUGGAUAA